CGGAGGCGCAGCUCACCAAGAGCUGCCUGAUCUCUGGGUAGCUCGGAUCCAGAGGCGGGGGCAGCCAGGCCCCACAGCGACGACUCCCAUAGCCUCUCCGCUCGAAACAGGCAGUCCCCUCGGAAGCCUCGCCCGACACUUCUUCGCGCUCCUCGACCGGGAUGGACCUGGACAAGCUUCUUUUGGACGAGGAGGGCGCUUUCUCCCUGAGCGGCUUCCAGGAGUUCACGUUUCUUCCCAAGCACCAACAGCUGAGCGAUCGUGUACGUAAACGACUUUACUAUGGCUGGGAUAAAGACAGUGCCCUUGAUAACCUCUCAAGUCCAGUUGCAGAUAUCGCUGUGGAACUUCUUCAGAAAGCUGCUCCUAGUCCAAUUAGGAGGCUUCAAAAGAAAUACGUUUCUCAUGUCUCCCGGGAGGCUUGCAUUUCUCCCUGCUCCAUGAUGUUGGCCCUCAUUUACAUCGAGCGACUUCGGCACCGUAAUCCUGAAUACCUACAGCAGAUCUCAUCCUCUGACCUCUUCCUGAUUUCCAUGAUGGUUGCCAACAAGUACCUAUAUGAUGAAGGAGAAGAGGAAGAAGUAUUUAAUGACGAAUGGGGUGCUGCAGGCAAGGUGGACGUACAGACUAUGAACAUGUUGGAGAUGAAUUUCCUCCGUGCCAUUGACUGGAGCCUUUUUACAGAUCCUAAGGAGUUUUUUGAGGUGCUCAGCUGGCUGGAAGGACGUGUGGCUGAGAAGCAGGGUAUUAGACGUGGCUGGUUCACCUACACUGAUCUGUGUGUUUUAUUGGAGCAAACUUUGUGGCAACAGGCUUUGGGUCAAUUCUACCAGCAGGUGGCCAAGCUGGCGUGCAUUCUUGGGGUGGUGUAUCUGACAGGUGUUGCUGCUGUAUUUGCUUCUGCUGCAGUGAUGCAUCACACUGUCCAUGUGAAAAGGUCUGGUCCUACUGCUUUUACCAGCACCAGAGAUGUUCUGGUUUCAUGUCCACCUCUUUCCUCUUCAGCCCAGAAUAUGGAUUGCAAACAAGAGCCACCACAUUUUCCUUCAUGGCCCAGAGUGGAGAAUCAAACCAUUCAAGGUGAACAGCAGCAGAGAGGAAUCAGUGGGGUUUCAGUUGCAGCACUCUAUCUCUGGGGCAAAGUCCUUAAGGCAUUAUCUUAUUCACCAAGCCCCAUCAGCUCCUCGCUUUGCCCACACUGCCAUCAGCCCACUUCCUGUAUGACAGCCAACCACACAGCUUGCACCCACUUUGCUCAACGGUCAACUCGCUUUGGACUUGCCUGUUGCUCCAGCAGCUCAUGCUGGGACAGACCCCUUCGUUUGUCUCCUAAUUGCAAAGACUGGCCAGAACCUCUAGCAUUGCAGCAGUGUCCUUGGCAGGCUUCCCUGGAGCUUGGCAGGUUCAAAACUUUUAUGUUUCCUAGCUAAGGUUGGAGAGAAGGACGUAACUUAGACAUAGGGAGUGGACACCUUGAUGAAAAUGCUUUGGUGCGUCAGAGAAAAAGGGCACAAGGCAGGAAAGGCUAGAGAUGGAAAUGAAGCGCUUGGGAGCCUGUAUUGCAGUAGAUGUUAACUCACUCACCUUUUUUUGAUUUGACUUCAAGACCUUUCUCUUCCCCCCAAUUGACAGUGAUGUUUAAAAAGCUGCAGAGAGUUUAUUGGAAGAAGGCAUUUCAUGUAUGUAAGACUUGAACAGGGUGACGACUGAAACAGUGAGCUCAAAGUCUAAUAUACCCUUCUUCCACUUCAUAUAAGCCAGUUACUUACACUGGAGGCUGGUCCAAGUCUUCCCUCGUUGAAUUGGGUGAGGACACACAAACUAGGACUGCUUCCAUCAGGCACCAUGGAUCCUCUAAGCUUAGCUGUACUUGUGGAGCAAUUUGCCAGGCACACUUCUCAGUAAUGAUCUGGUGAAUAGCAGCAACUCUACACCAUUUAGGUUACCCAGUGAUGUGCUACAUAUUAACAAGCAUGUGAACUUGUUAUUCAUGUCCUCGGCCUGUGUCUGCCCUUGUUUUCUAAAAGCCAUGCAGGUCUUGCCUGGGAUUUUCUUGAGCUGUUACAUGGGGAUGAAGUAGGAUGGGAUGCCAGUUGCUGAGAGAAGGCUCAGGAAUUGUUAAUUAGGGUAUGGAAGGCUAAGGAUAUUUUGGUAUCCCUAGUCUUAUUUAUGUGUGCUUGACUGCCUCCUUCACUUUUCUGUGACAGAAGUGGGUAGAAGGGCGACAGCCUUUUCUUAUACCUGCCUUUUGUAAGCAGACUCCCUCCAAAUAUGUUGGAUUACUACUUUCUGUGAUCCCCAGUUAGCAUGUCCAAUGGCUGGGGGGAUGUUGGGGUUGGUAAUUCAAACUAUCUAGAAGAUACUGAGUAGCUUACCCCAAUUUCUUCCAACAUUUUUCUGCUGUAGUUUUUCACUAUAAUUUGUAGAAGGGAUCUCUUCUAUUAAAGAUAUUUGUGUGUUCCUGUCUCUUUU